GGUAGGCAGAAACCUGUUAAAUCAAAAUCUGCAUAUUAUAUCAUAGUCAUUAUCCAAAUUAUUGAUCAGAAGUACUAAAGGCGUAGGUAUGAAUUCCUGUUAAAUUUAUGGAAAAAUUAUCCGAUAACAAAAGGCAUUCCGUAAUGAUAUCUGAGUGAUAAAUUGUCAUUUCAUAUUCAAAUAGUCUGACAGUGGUUGAUAUGAAUCAAUCAGGUGUACAGUGAGGAAUUUGAUGACUCUGUGAUAUAUGGUAAAUCUUAUCUACAUAGUCUGACACUAGACGAUGUGACGGUCGUAUUAGGUGUACAGUGAGGAUUUGAUGAUUCUGUGAUAUAUGGUAAAUCUUAUCUACAUAGUCUGACACUAGACGAUGUGGCGAUCGAAUUAGGUGUACAGUGAGGAUUUGAUGAGUCUGUGAAAUGAAAUGUUUUGUUAAUUGAUCGAGACGUAUAGCCAAGACUGGGACUGGUGGAGCUGGCAUCCCACCAGGAGCCUCGGUUAUAGAUAAAGAUUGGACUAGGAGUGAAGGAAUUAAACCUGAUCUCUCCAGAUUAAUGUCACUGAUUGACCGUUUCAUGAGACCGAGUGAUACUGACCACUGACUAAAAUUGACCGCCGAGUCAAAAGUGGAGCGGGGGGGUGCGGCCGCCGUGCUGUGUAACGAGUUGAUUUUUGUCCAAUUCGAGCUGUUGGUGUUGCCUAGAACUAAUUCGACCAAAAUUAUAGAAGGCAGUUGAAUAUAUUGACACUGACCCAAAAGUAGGCGUUAGGGACACUAACAUUUGGCCAGGCAGUAGAAAUGUGGGUAGUGGUAGAAUUACAAAAAAAAAAAAAAAAAAAACCUUAGACGCAUAAUUAUCUCGCGAAUAUCCCUUUUCAAUAUUUUAGUACAGUCUACUCCAAUAAACUAUCCUAGACGCAUAAUUAUCUCGCGAAUAUCCCCAUCGAUAUUAUAGUAUAGUAACUCUACAAAACUCUUUGUGCACGAGGGUGAGACACAAGAGAUAAGGCUGUGUGAGCACCGUGAAUACAUCGCUGGUUUAGACUAGUGACGGGCUAAGUGUAUGAAGAUAGUUAUUAAACCCAGACAUAGUUAAACGACAGAAUGGCCACAACCACCAUUCCCAAACUCAAAUUCAACGAAUAUUUAGAUCUGAGAAUACAGGAGAGAUCAGGGGGAAAACAGGAAUAUAAAUCUAUAAAGAAAGUAUGGGAGGGAAUUAGGCUGAAAUGGACACAGGCAGGUUACAUUAGUGGAGUCGCCCCGUCAAGGGAACAGCUUGGCGCUAUGGAGAGAGAAUUAGCGGAAGCAGUGGAACACAGUUAAAACAGCGAAGCAGAAAUAAAUAAGAGCCAUUUUUUCAAAAAUAAAGGGACGAAGAAUAGGGAGAGCGCGGAAGCUGAGCUAAGAAUAGGAACGUGGGCAAUAGAAGAGACAAAAAGGACACGCCCACACAAAAAACCUGAUAUGAUGGGCGUGCUUGCCGGGGCCUCAGAUGACGUCAGCGAAGGCACAAUCAACAACCACAACACACCACCGCCCACCGUGACCACACCAUCAGCCCCGCCCUCUCUAUACCCACCACUGCCACAGGAAGAGAAGACUGCAGUGCCACCUCCCUAUUCACAUAAUCCAUUCACACACCUCCCACCAAACCCGUUUAAAACUCACACCACCCCAGCCGCCGUACAGGCCCCGGUCUUUAUGGUGCAGGGAGGACAGCUAAAAGGGAACAUGACUGUGGGUAUUCAAGAUGGCCUACUAGUCUGUGAAGAAAGGCCCGAUUGCUCAAGCCCCAUAGCACUACAAGGCCCAGGUGGGUCCCUGUCGAACUACACACAACCAAGGGAAGGUGGAUCUCAACCGGGCCUCCUAAGGAGAGAGGGCCACGAUCUUAUUCAGCUCUCCUCUACUCCGAACACUGACUGGUACGGACGCAGAGAUAAAGAAGAUGAUCAAGGGUCAUGGGUGUAACAGGGAAACUGUUCCGUUGGGGUUUCGUCAAGAAAUCACCCCAGUAAAGACGAGGAAAACGAAAGUAGACCUGGACGUGAUGAGGAGGAAAUGGGACGGGACAUCCGGAACUCUGUAGCUCAAGCCAGAACUAUGAUAGACGAAGCUGAACGUGGAGGGAGCACAUUCCAUGUGGAAGGGGUAAUGGUAGGAACAGUGACAGACCUGAUCGAACCUGUCAAACAGUCCAUAAGGCUCUCAGAACUAAGAAGCAGGGGGGUCUCGUCCAGAGCAGACUGGGAUCCCCAACAUGGAGAGACAGGAAGGACAGGCUUCCAAAUGCCGUUGAGGCCCACUCCUGAUGGAGAAUACGAAGAGUACCAACCAUGGAAAAUGACAGACCUCACCACUUUAAUGGAACAGUUGCCCAGUCUACAUGGGGGGGCCUCGGCAUGGCUCCUCCAACUACAGACACUUACCUCUGGCCUACGCCUCUGUCUGGGAGACAUGAAAGCUCUGUUGGCUAGGGCUACAGACCAUACCACCAUGAUGGCUCUCAUGAGAGACACAGAUCUGGCCACAGGCCCAGCUGCACUAGGUCUAGAACGAUUCCGAACUCAGUUAUGGGCUGAGUUGAGAAGAGCAUACCCUACUGAACGAAACCACUCAACCCUGUCAUCAUUCACCAUCAAUCCAGGGGAACAACCAGCAGCCUACCUGGAUAGGGCAAAGACAACAUGGAGAACCGUUCAUGAAGACCCAUAUGAUCACACUGCUACCACACUCAGCAUGUGGAAGGAAAUGGUGGUGAACGGGACCCAGAAUGAAGUCCGUGUAAAACUAAGGGGCACAGUGGGGUUGAUGGCGCUACCUUUAGCUCAGUUUAACUCCCAUGUACAUCACCACAUCACCCAAUUCAACAGGGAAAAGGGUGGAGCGGAUACACAAGUCCAGUCCCUACAGAUUCAACUUCUGAAACUUCAACUGAAAGACGCCAAGAGGGGGAGUCUGCUACAACUGUAGGACGCCCGGUCACUACUCAAGGGACUGCUCAUAUCCACUGUCUCAACCUCAGCCCCCACCCAGGGGAAGAAGGCCCUUCUACGGUCCACCUACAGGGAGGGGUGGCUACAGGCCAUCCCCUCAGCCACAACCACAGCCGCAAUCAAGAAUUGAGAGUGAACAACCUGCAUACAACCACCCAGUGCCAUUUGCCUCCUACCCACCACAAGAGGCGCCGUACCAGGGUAUGUCAGGAGAAUACCCCCCUUGGCAAUACAGCUGCCCACCAUCACCACGAGAGAAGGAACUGACCUCUCGACGGCUGCCUCUCUCACGUCCCCUGACUACUCCAAGUGUUUCCAUUUGGAUGUUUCUGAAAAGGAGGGGUUCACAGUCUCUGUCCUUUUUCAGAAACAAGAGGGGGAGCGCAGGGUGCUGCUGUACCACUUCUCCAAGUUAGAUCACAUUGAAAUGGGCCAAACAUGCUCCAGUUACGUUGCUGCAGUAGCAAAAGCUAUUGAAAAAAAAACACAAAAAAAACAGCUCACCUCGAUAUCACCCUUCAAUCAGCCAACAUCCUUCAACCAGCACCUGCCCAAUUAGCUGAAAUCAUCGGAUUGACGCAGGCCCUCAUCAGAGGAAAAGGAAAGACUGAAUAUCUAUACAGACUCAGCCUAUGCCCAUGGAGCAGUCCACACUGAUGGACCCAGAACUUUUACGAGAAGCACAUAGCCACACACACAAAGGCAAACUAAGGACUUUACAGAAGGUGUGUCACAUCUGGGGGCACCCACACAUGAAAAUAUGACUGAUUUUUAUUUUGCAUGACGAUGAUUUAUUUUAUGACGAAUGCAAUGUUUGUGACAGACACAACCCAUUGAAACCAUAUCAAACAACAACAUACUUAGUACCUAAUGCAGGUUUUCAGGAUAUUAGUAUAGACCACACCGACAUGGGCCCCGACAAUGUAUUCUAAAGAUAAAUGCUAUCUCCUAGUUAUGAUAGAUAGGUUCUUCAAAUGGGUAGAAGCAAUACCAGCAGAGGAGGGGGAUGCUAGGUCAGUCGUUAAGUGGUUAACAAACCAAACUAAUACCCAGUUAUGGCAUCCAAAGAAAAAUCAAAUUUGACAAAUGGCUCACAUUUCAAUAACAAACACCUGAGACAGGUGGAAGAAAGAUUUGGCAUAACACACAGAUUUGGUUCUGUGUACCACCCCCGAUCCCAAGGUCUCGUGAAACGCGCAGGUCAAACGCUUAAAAUCCAAAAUAUAUAAGGUAUAUGUGCCGGGUCGAAGUUGAAAUGGGUCGAAGCCCUGCCCCUGGCGUUGAUGGCCAUGAGAGCCUCACCAGGGUCAGGCACCCAUCUCUCUCCUCAUGAGAUAAUGACUGGUAGAGUCAUGCCUGGGCCACCAAAGGAGGGAGGUCAUAUGCCCGCCCUUGAUGUACAACAAAUUGUAAUGUCUGAUUAUGUGAAAAAACUGACGGUUCUCUCUGCAGCACUCUCUACCCAGGUUCACAAGGUCCAGGAGAGAGAACUGCAGGAAGCUCCAGCACCACUGAAGACCAUACCGUUUCUAGGCGUGAGGUGAGGGUCACUGAGUGCAACCCCCAGGAGUUGAAGAGCACCACCUUGUGUUUGCCUUUCAAUGCCACCACCACCGUUUACCUGCCUUGGGGCCUUUUGGGUCAUGCGCGAAAUAGUCUGGGGCUACCUGCCUGGACCUAUUCCAGUUUCAACUGGUAUAUAACCAAAGGGGGAUAUGGUGAGUGGUCUUGGAAAAACCUGGUGGCAGAAGCAGGAUAUGACUGGUCCAGCUAUUCCAAGGGACGGGCUGUCCUUGCCUGGCGCAAUCGGCUGACACUUUCACGCACUGGUUUUCAAAUGAAGCUGAUUGUACGGCCUGGGACCACUAUGGGUUGCCAGGUUUUUACGUUGGCCCCAUAUGUAGAUAGCAGCAGGGCCGAAGUCUAUUUCACACUAUAUAUUUGCUUUACGCCACAACCGCAGCCUACUUCUGUGACGGUGCGUGACGAUAUGGCAAAGCCACAUACCCUACCCCAGCACAGUGAUGGGUGGGGUUCUGCUGUGUUAGUGGUCACUACCCCUACCCCGGAUGAGAACAUUCAGGUUGCUACAGGUUUCUCAGGUUUGUCUAACAAUUGGUUAUUAUUGACCGAACAAGCAGCCAAUACAACCCCCACUAGUUGCGUAGUUUGUAUGGGUGCUAGACCAUUGCUCCGCAUUGUACCGGCCUCUGUCGAGAUCGGAUGUUUAAUGCCCCUUAUGGACAAAGACAAUCCGACUGGUAAUUGCUCCUUGUGGGAUGCAGUUUACCCUGUGGUCUCUGCUACGGUCAGGGCACCAGUAUUUUCCUCUGAUGUUGCCAGGGCCAGAUUCUCCUGUAUUAACAUGACAGGGGGUCUACUACAGUUAGGUUUGCUCCCUGUGGACUGGUGUACAAAUACUAUCGUAAUAGAUGGUGGUUUUAAGCCAGUGAUCAGGGCUGACAUCUGGUGGUGGUGUGGGGGACCUCGGCUUUUUGACAGAACUCCCAAUAAUGCUACGGGUACUUGUGCGCUUGUAACACUUCUGCUGCCUAUCUCUGUUUACCCUAUAGGUGUGGGUGAUUUGGUGACCCGGAUACAGGCUGUGGACCCACAGUUUCUGCCUACCAGAACCAAGCGGGAAGCAGCCCCGACUGGUGGGGAUCCCACAUAUAUUGAUGCCAUCCUCUGGUGGAGUUUGAAACAUGCACAUAUGAGUAGUUGUCACGUCUCUUUCGAGACGUGAAGAGGGGGACUAUACAUUUUACUGGCUUUUAAUUCAUGUCACGUCUCUUAGGAGACGUGAAAAGGGGGAUUUGUAAUGAAGUGCUAUUUCCUAUGCAAAUGACCAGCUUACUGCUAUUGCAUUGCUAUAAUUGAGACAACAUAUAGCAAUGUAUUUUCACAGUAAAACAUGGUAGGGCCAGAUAAGAACGCACACACAUUACACACACUCACUGCGAGGACACACAGACUUGACUUGCCAAGACAAGAACGCACACACAUUACACACACUCAUUCCCUCUCCUUUGGAUGGGCUCCAAAGACAAAGAACUCUGUCGAGAACCAAUGGGAUACUGACACCAGGCUGGAGGAGACUGUCUAUCAUCUACGAACAACCUACUAGGAGCCAGGACUACCAGAAUCUACCUACGUCAUUUCAAUGUAUAAAAUGAACUGUACGAUUGUGACCUGUCUCUCUUUUUUCCAAUGGUUCGUUUGAGAACUUGACGAAACGGAGCCGUGCACGUAAUUGCCAGAUAUCAUUACUUUGAAUAAACGGCCUUUACUAUACCGUA